AGAGUCUCUGGCAUUAUGGAUCUGUCUCCAUUCAAGUUGGACAUUGAUGAGCUUAUAAAUGAGUUUGUUGAGGGUGAGUUUACAACUUUGGCUGAUAUGAAAAGAGUAUGGCUUUCCAGGAAGUUUACCUACAUCUUUGAGGCUAGUUCUCCUACCAAAUUGGCCUUCAUAAUGCAGUCGCUGUAUGCUCAUACAAUUGGAGAGUUGAAGAAACUCAAGACCCUUGUUAUAAAUGCAAAAGAACAUGGAAUAAAAGGAGUACCUGCUUUGGUCAAAAGGAUGCUAGAAAAGAACAUGUUUCUUUUUGGGUUCGUGGAUUUACAUGAAGGUUCUGUCAGUGAGACAGGGAACCAACUCACAGAAUUGCAAGAUGCCCGUGUGCAAGUUGCAUAUAAGAAGUUGUUUGAUGAUAUUCGGAUUGAGCAAUUCCUCCAUAUGGACAUGGUGGUAUGUUGCAUAACUCAUAAUAAGCUUGUGGAUUGAAUUGCAUCUGCAUCUGCAGGGUAUGUAAUUUGAUUUAGAGAUGCUCAAGAAAAUGUUAACAGAAUAUGCAGAGGCGAAGAAACAUGUCAACAGAGAAGCAAGCAAGGCAGUAGAUGUCCAAAACAUACAGCAUAUAUCAUAUGAUAGGGAAUUUAUUUGAGAUGAAGUUGAGAGGAUCACAGAGAACUGGAACGUCCAAAGGCAAGUGUUUUAUCAGCAAACAGGACUGAAUCAACGUCAUGCUCAGAAAGAUGAGCAACAACAUCAACCACAGCACAAAAAACAUGAACAACACGAUGAUGAUUUUGGUGAUGAAUUUUGUCAUCAACUGGAACUGCAACUAACUGAAGAAGAACAGCUACAACAAAAACAAGAGGAUGAUGAAUGUAAUCAUGAAUUGGAGCUGUAACUUUCUGUAAAACAACUCUAAUAAUGUAGCAACAAAAUGGUGAGGAAUUAUGCUACAAAAACCAGGACAAAUAGGAAUCCCAUGGUUUAGGACAUAAUUAUCUAGCAAGGUGAUCAUUCCAAUCUGCGGAAUUUUGUGAUUAGACUGCUGCAAUUUGAACCUCCCUUCAAGACUAUCCCCAGGACUUUUUCAGUUUAUGAAAGAGAAAACUGAUUGGUUUUCUGGAUAGGUUUCUCAAGCUACUGUAUUUAUUAUCAAAACACAAAAAGGAUCUCUCUGUAUAAAACGUUUGUCAGUAUAUGUUGAGAAUGGCAUCUUGAAACAA